AUGGCAGUCUUGUCUCUGCCGCUUACGUUCCAGAAUUCAUUCUGGUCGCAAGAUUACCGGAGGGGUCUGGAGGUGUUGUAUAAACAGUUGGAGAGUGGCGUUCUUGAGGAUGAUGAGAUCGUUGCAUUCAUUCGGGCAAGGGCUAUUGCCGAAAGUGCUCUCGCGGAGUCCCUGUCUGCCUCUGCACCUGCAGGGAAGGCAUUUUCCCAUGACGAAGGGGCGUCACUUCAUGUGGCAUUUCGAGGAUUAAAGGAAGAAUCCACCGAGCAGGGCAAGGUUCACGAGGCAGUUGCGCAGGAACUUCGAGAUUCUGUAGCUACUCCGUUCGAGAAAUGGGCCGUUGGCUACAAGGCAAGUAUAUCGUAUCCCAAUGCUUGUGUAGGCUGCUCAACUUUUAUGCAGGAAAGGCUCAAAGGCAGCAAGCACAAUGUGCUUGAUGGUUGGAUGGCUGCCUACGAAUCAGCCCAGGUUGGUGUCGCUAAAUUGAAAAAUGAUUAUCUCUCGAAGAUACGGCGAGCUGACGAAGCAGAGGAUGAUGCACGAUUUGCUCCCAUCCCACCCUCAGUUGGAGACAGAUUCACCACUUCCCCAAACAUGCAGCCCCGGGACAAACGCACUCCGGUGCGUUCGGGAACCGUGUCUGAGCGCAUCUCGCAACGCUUCAAGGAAUUCCGGCUCGGUACUGGUACUGCCCAGAGCGUCGACCAGACUCCUGAAGUUCACUUUGAUGCGGACAUUGAAGAAAAGGAAGUGCCCAAAUUUGACAAGGGUAAAGGGAGGGCUACUGAGGAUGUAAUGACACCGCCCCAGGUUGCGUCGCCUCCCCCGUUGUCUCCUCCGUUGCCCCCCGCCCAGCUGGACACCAAUCUAGUGCCUCCUUCAAUGGCACCGCCGAUCAUCCUUGCCGGGGUCGCCUUCACUCCAAUGCAGCUGUCCAACCUGCUUAAGCGUGCCAAGGGUGAAUUGCCGCUACGAUCCGUGCGCUUCCCUCUUCUCGGAGAGUAUCAAGAAUGCUUCAGCGGCGAGGAGUUUGCUACUUGGCUCAAGGAGAAGGUGAAGGAAUACGAAGAAAAUUUGGACCGCGCCGCUUUUGCGGCACGAGAGCUGACUGAAAAGCACGAUUUACUCCGGAGGAUUGGCCAACUUGGAAAUGAUUAUGAGAAUGCGGCAGAUGCGUAUUAUCAAUUCAGACCGAAGGCCUUCACCUUGGAUGCAGUUUCCACCAAGCCAGAUCCGGUUGCUUCACCCAUCCAGAAGAACCUAUCACCUCUUGCAGAGAACGUCGCCAAGACUACCAAUACCUUCGCAUCACUCGUAACUAAGGCGCUUAACGCAAACGGCCAGGCGGAGCCCGCUCACAUUCGCGCUCGCCGGGAUGCGGAAGUUGCGGACAGGGAAUAUCGUGUAGCCGUACGCAAACUCGAUAGACAGCGUCUCGCCCUUGAGGAAAGAGUUGAAGAGACUCUGAAGAUGUUGCAGAGGUGGGAAUUAGACAGGCUACGGGCGGUCAAGACGGUUCUUCGUCAGUACCAUGUGGUCGUGUCAAAACUAUCGAAGGCGUAUGAUCCCUCAGUCCAGCGCUCCGAGACGUUGAUCGACUCUUACCAUCCAGAAGCCGAUCUCAAGAUCUUCAUCGAGCGGCACCGUACAGGUCCUUUCCGUCCUGAGCCACAGGUGUACGAGUCUGUUACUCAUGACGAAUCUGAUGUCGUUUUUGGAAUCGACUUGCGCCGAUGGGCUGACAGCGGCAUGUGGCAUCAUUCGGAUACGGAAGAAAAGAAGGACGACAUUCCACCCGUCCUGACUAUGCUGCUUGUGGCUGUUGAUGAGGCAUAUGCCAAGCUGCCCACUGAUGCAGAUAGACGCAAGACUUGGAUUUAUGAUGUACCGCUUGCCUCCGUACAUCACCUUCGGGAGUCUCUUAACGCCAUACCGCCCGAGCAGUCCCUUCCCAACGAUAUCUUCGCCAAGUAUGACGCUCCUGUCCUGGCCGGUGCGGUCAAAUUGUGGGCGCUUGAAUUGGACCCGCCGAUUGGUAUGUAUGAGGGUUGGGAUGAGAUGCGCAGGCUAUACCCCACAGUGGGUUCUAGUGCGAAAGGAGAGGAGGCUCGUUCGGAGGAGCUGCACAUCCAGGAUGUGCAAGCUGCCUUGCAAAAAUUGCCCAGGGUUCAUCUUUUAGUGCUUGACGCUAUUGUGAAACACCUCAAGAGGAUGAUUGCAUCAACUGCUGGAGCUGAGAGCGAGGAAACGAGUGAAGUAUAUAUUACUAAGCUUGCCCUGUCCAUGGGCAGAAUCAUUCUCCGACCUAAGCAAGAGAACGAAUUUUCCAUCCAAGACCGCCAUCCGACACUCCUGUUUAUUGAUCUUUUGAACAAUUACGAGUCAAUCCUACCACCUACCCUGGAGAAGAAGAAGCGAGAGUCUCAGCGUAAGGCUCCUGUGCGUCGUCGUACGCGACCCGUCGAUAUGCGUAUGAGUCGUAGUCGCAUCUCUGCAGGGGCAGAUCUGCGAGAGCUUCAGUCGCAGCAGUUUGAACAACGCACGGGAGUGAAACUUCCUCGUCACUCUCCUCCACUUCCCAAUGCCCCCGUUGCUCAUUUGAACGAUAUCCCUGGCAGUCCGAAUGCUGAGCCUAUUUUGUCCGACUCUGCACCAGCGUCAACGGUUAUCGCAGAACCUGAGGAGCUUCCUUCAAUUCCUCCGCCCCUGCCUCCGGCUCCAGGUGAUAUCGUCGUUCACGAUAACAGGACCAUCGUUCUUGAGUCUACUCCUGUGCAAGCAGGUCUGACUGAUUUCGCUGCAAUUCCUCCCCCGCCGCCUCUCGAGGCCUCUACAGUACCUUCUCAUCCGGUAUUCAAGGAGCCUCCGCCGGAGACCGAUGAUCUUCCGCCGCGUCCAGUCUUCAGGGAGCCUCCUCCAGCAAUUGCUUCCCCUUCGCCCACUAUACCAGUACCAACGUUCAAUGCUCCUCCCCCGGAGCCUACCUCACCUGAGCUGCCAAUGCCUUCAUUCAAGGAGCCGCCUUUGGAGCCUGGCUCACCUCCUUCAACAAUUGUUCCCCCCAUCCUCCGUCCUGAGAGUGUCAAUGCCCGUUCAGCCUCUCCCCGUGUCUCCUCGUACGAGUCUGUAGGCUCUCGUAGCCCGUCGCCUAUAAAGCCGAUCACAGGUGCGGUGCCGUCUGUGACGAGCCCCGCUAAUGACCCACGUCUCCGCGGCCCGCGGUUGGCACGGACUCCUCGAGUCUCAGGAAGCGGUUCGGUGAGCAACAUGGUGAAUAAAUUUGACAAGCCGGGAGGAUCUCGUCCCGGGUCGCCUGGUGUAGGGGCCAACGGUGGAUUAUCCCGUGUGGGAUCGCGAACUUAUGGCGGUGGCCACAGCAAACGGUCCAGCAUUAGUCGAGUAUCUGAGUUCUCCAGAAGGACGGUGGCGAGUGAUGCGGAAGAUGAAGUUUUUGAGCGGUGA